ACAGUCAAUUUCUGUUGUACACAACAUCAUCAUAAAGAGGCUGUAAUACAAAACUGAAGACACUUCUCAUUCUCGGAUGACUAAUCCAAGACAAGGCCAACGAUCAUGGUACAAAUUCCAGAUGAGAUGUCUAUUGUGUUGUUUAUUUCCUAAGUCAGUCCUGUCCAUACUCUUCAGAAACAUUCGAACGUACCAGUCGAAGGGGUUGUGGUGUGUUUUACGACAAAUGAACAUAUUAACUGCAGACUGGCAGAGCAGUUUAACAGCACAGAAGGUACAGAAGUGGAAGACGACUCACAGGAACCCGGUCACAGCUGCGUGAGAUGGUUUCAAGAGGACACUGGCUUCUCCGCCAAGUGGAGGAGUUUAUGGAUCUAGCCAACCAUAUGUACACCUUCCUCGCCUUCACGGCAGGAUGCUGCCUCGUGCCUGGUGCCAUCGCUUUAUGCAUUGCUGUGACCAGUGCUAGACGAUUCUGGCUGGGACUCCUGAAGAGAAGGUUUCCGAGCUUAGAGUUCGUAAGAAACAUGACGCUCCGUACCGCGACGGACACCAUGAGGAACCAAGGCAUCGUCACGCUGCUCCUGACGGUCAAGGGGAAGUUCGAACUGGCGCUGAUUAAGCAAAGGCUGGAGGAAAAUAUACUAAACAGAAGAGAUAAUGAAGGGAAAUUAAUGUUCCCCCACCUACAGACAGCACUGACAACCCGGUGGGGCCGCUACGCAUGGGAAAAACCGUCUUCAUUUUCCUUAGACAAUCAUCUGGUUGUAGGCAGCGCUCUUUUCCGUGGCAGAAGUGUUAACGACUGGAAUAUACAGGAAUGCGUUAGCGACAUUGUGUCGAAGUACCUUCCUCACGAGCUGUCGCCCUGGCAGAUAACAAUCAUUCCCUCCAACGCCGGCACCGAAGACCGCUUCUACCUGUUGGUCCGAAUCCAUCACUUGUUGUUGUCAGAGGAUUGUCUUGGGCUGGGUGACCUUCUGCUGCUCGAACCCGAACGACCUACCAUAUUCAAGAGACGGCUUGGCGAAGAUGAUGAAAAUCCCACAGACGACGAGCCAACCAGCAGUAACAGCCCGCUCACAGGACUGUCCCCGACACCCGUCGCGAUCCCCAGAUUAUACAACAUCGUCCGUGAUUUAAUUACGCACCGCUGGACCCAGAUAGUAGCGACGUACGACCCCGCACAAAACCCCCAGAUACUAAAAUCUCCACCGGGAAUCCAAACGUGCACCAUUCUCAUUUUUAUAACGGCGGUGUCCAUCUUCAAGGAAUUGCUGUUUCUCGCGAAAAAGACAGACAUGUCACUCUACAGGAAGAUCUUAAACAUAAAUUCGACGAUUCUAACUGAAGUAGAGAAACGUCAGUGCACUCCAAAAUUCCUCAGCGUUGGUAUAAUUAAUUCACUGAGGCCAAAACAACUGUUCUUUUCGUGGUUGAGUGUUUUCUGGCGCACUGGUUAUAUCUGCGCAGUAACAGUGCCUCUGUUUGCAAUCACAGAAUUCUGGGCUCUUGUAUCUAGGAAAACAAAUUAUAGUUUCUCUGAAACUACUGCAGAAAGUUCAUUUAAUUACUGGUCUUUGUUUCUAGCGUCCAUCAAGGAAGCGGUUUGUAUAAUGACCAUCAUCUACACAGCCCCAAGAAUGCUGAUACAAGAACUCAUAAUAUCCCAUCACGGUCCGAAACACCAGCUUCAAACAGUCUCACUAUGCGGACGGAAAGUAGUUGCAUGGUCAGAUCCGAUUUCUCUUGAUAUUAUCCGUAAAAUCAGCUCGUCUGUUGGGGCCUCAACAACUGAAAUCUUAGUAAGUGCAAUUUCCGGUGCACUGAGGGAGUAUUUCAGACAGUUCUGUUUACCAGUUCCAGAAUCGGUACUCACUACAGCUAGGUUCUUUCCAUUGGAAGGGUUGAUGAGACAUUCGCGAGUUGACGACAGACCGCCGAUACCAUCGGGCAGAGGCUUAAUAUGCUUGCCGCUGCCCACCUCUCCGGUUUACGACGAUCCUAGAGAGAGUGUUCAAGAAAUACAGAGGAUAAUAAGCGAGGCUCGGCAGAAGCAGCCUGCGAUCUACCAGGCGUCCCUCUGGCAGCUAGACGGGGGUUACAUCACGAGGAUACUGCCCUCACUGGCAGUUCGACUCGUUCUUAACCACCUAUCCAGGAGAUAUGCUGUAGCUCUCACCCAGGUAGCUCCGGAAAUGUCUGACGAAUCUCGUAACAGACUGAUCUGGGGACAGGAGGUUGAGAGCGCACUAUACUGGAGACCGCCACAGUCAAACAUAUGUUUGUCCCUGACGCUGAUGAAGUAUGGUGAUACGGUGCGUCUGGGCGUCAUGGUCGACUCUAUGAUAGCGCCUCAGCACACCGUCAUGGCGUCGGGAUUCCUCCAGCAGGUGUACCAACUGGCAGCACUGGCUGGAGUACCAAGGGACCGAACCAGCCUUUCCACCUCCUCGCACGUUUACCAACCUAAUAUUCCUCCAGAAGGAAUCACGAGCGCGCAUGGAUCGAACACCUCCGUGUCUUCAGCGUCAGAAGAACUCUUGCGUUUGGCUGCAAGUUCUCCAGAUCUCAACAUUUCUACAUCUUCUGGUACGACUCGAUCUAACAGUCCGGAAUCAAGCCUUAAUUCACGCCUACUGAACGAAGAAAUCAUAUUCCCUUUUACGGAUUAAUUCACUGCUUUCAAUGGGAGGAGAAUCUACACUGGCUUUCUAGAAGAGGUGUUUCUUAGCAUUAAAUGCUGUCUUAUGUUUCAUCUCGUAAUUGGUAUGACCAUAAAGAGAAGAAGAAGUUUUCUUUUUACGGAACUGAGUUGAUUCUUUGACUCCAAAUAUCGACGUCCUCAGUCACGAUUUGAUAAAACGUCAACAUUUCUUCCUUGCAGGAAAAUACAUAAGGAAGUCCUGAAGGACUCUCUCCACGUAAAUAAUGAGAAUAAAUGUUUAGGAUAGAGCCAAACAGGUGUGCAUCUGGAAGAAAGUUAAGAGCAGUCUUUAAAACACUGCACCAGAUGUGCGCUCAUUUCUAGGUGCUUAUUCCUGGGACAAUUUCAAACGUAGGGAAUCAGCAACAGUGACAGAAAAAUCCUGAGAAAUGUGGCCUCGAAUUCUACAACAUUUUUCUUCAAUUGGUAUUUAGAAUUAUAAAUGAUACUGGGUCUUGCCAGAGAGUGAACUGUCAAAAUUGAAUUGCCAACAACGUUGAAAGAGGUAGCAUGUAGUUUAGGUCAUUCUGUGUAAGUUACAUUGUGAAAUAUAAUAUGGCGUCGGAACUAAA